CAGCGGGACCCGGACCCGAACGCUGGUGCCCGAACCCCGGCACCCCGACCGCGGUACCCGGCAUCCCGUCCCCGGUACCCGGACCCCAGGAGCACGAUCCCCUCGGGGCUGGAGGAUGCCGGUGUAGCGUUUCCCAGCAGGAUGAAGGUGCUGGGCAGAGCCUGGUGGCUGGGGACCGUGCUGGGUGCCUGCCUGGCCGCCCUGCCCUCCACCACAGCCUGUCCCCGGCUCUGUGCCUGUCCCCGUCCCUCCGAGCUCCACUGCACUUUCCGCUACUUCACCGCAGUCCCCCCGCGCAUCCCGCCCGGCGUGCAGCGCAUCAACCUGGGUUACAACAGCUUGCUUAAACUGACAGAAAGGGAUUUUUCUGGCCUGGAGAAGCUGGAGAUACUGAUGCUGCACAGCAACGAGAUAAAUACAAUCCCUGAUAAGGUGUUCAGGGAUUUAUCUUCAUUACAGGUCUUAAAAAUGAGUUAUAACAAGGUCAGAGAACUUCAGCAGGAUGCUUUUUAUGGUCUAAAGAGCUUGGUACGGUUGCACAUGGACCACAAUGAAAUUGAAUUUGUAAAUCCCAACGUUUUCUACGGACUCACAUCACUGAGGUUGGUCCAUCUGGAAGGAAAUCUACUGCAGCAGCUUCACCCUGGUACUUUUGUCACUUUGUGCUAUAGCCAAAUAUUUAAAAUUUCCUUCAUAAAGCACAUAUAUUUGUCUGACAAUGUGCUGACUUCACUACCACAAGAAAUGUUCACCUCCUUAUCUGAGCUGGAGAGCAUCUACCUUCACGGAAACCCAUGGUCCUGUGACUGCACCCUACAGUGGUUUGCAGAAUGGGCAAGGCAGAGACCAGAUGUUAUAAAGUGCAAACAAGACAGAAGUUCUGGUGCUCAGCAAUGCCCAGUUUGCGCAGGUCCCAAAAAUCACAAAGGGAAAAGCUUAGUGGAUGUUCCCUCUGCAUCUCUGAGCUGCACGAAGCCAGCCAUACACAGCUCUCUGAAAAUUAAAAACCUCUCAGUGCCAGACGAUGGAGACUUCAGCACCAUCUCUCCCAAGGACUUCAUGGCUCCUAUAGGAACCAUGGUUCUGAACAUGACUGACCAAGCAGGGAGCCGAGGUAACUUGGUUUGCAACAUCCAAAAACCUAAAGAAAUGUCUCCCAUCUCACUCGAUAAAGAUGGCAACAGCACAGUAUUCAAAACAUCAUUCUCAACAUUUCUUGUGUGUGGCAUUGAUUAUGAACAUAUUCAGCAGCUAUGGAGCAUACUGGCACUGUACAGCAGUUCUCCCUUAACACUGGAAAGGAGCUCCCUAGCAUCUAACACACCUUUUACUAGUUACAAAUAUAAACAAGUCUACUCUGAAAAAGAUGAAAUUUUUACCAAUGUAGAAGCUGACCUGAAAGCUGAACCAUCCUGGUUAAUGCAAAGCAAAGUAGCAUUACAGCUGGACAGGACAGCAACCACACUGAGCACACUGCACAUCCAGUACUUCACAGAUGCUCAGGUUGUUUUGGGCAGUGCUGACAUAAAACAGGCAAGAAUUAACUGGACCAUCAUCUCCAGGGACAACAAAACAAAAACUGAGCACACGGUUUUAGUCGGGGGGACCGUUGAACUGGAGUGCCAAGCACUGGGAGACCCAGCUCCUGCAGUAGAGUGGAUACUGGCUGAUGGGAGCAAAGUCAGAGCUCCCUACAUCAGUGAGGAUGGGAGAAUCAUAGUGGUUCAGACUGGAACCUUCACGUUACGGACAGCUGACACUUUUGACUCUGGGCUGUACCACUGCAUAGGCACAAAUGGCAACGAUGCAGAUGCUCUCACCUUCAGAAUUACUGUGGUGGACCCCCAGGUGGAACACAGCAGUGCAAAUGCAGCCCAGGUUUCUACAUUUGCUGGCAGCACACUCUACCUUCCCUGCACAUCCAGUGCUGUCCCAGAUGCUGCCAUCAGCUGGGUGUUACCUGAGCCUGAGAUUCUGCACCGUUCUGUAAGAAACAAACAGGUUUUUGGCAAUGGUACUUUGAGGAUACAAGGGGUAACAGAGCGAGACAGUGGCUACUUCAGCUGCAUGGCAGCCAACCAGUAUGGUGUGGAUCUGCUGGUUUUCCAAGUGCUAGUUAGAAAGGAUGAAACCACACAGAGGAAAAAGCACGUGGCUGUGGGAGGAUGGGCAGAGGGCGAUGGCUCUGGCCAUGCAAUGCUGGGCUCAGCAGAGACACAGGAGCAUCCCUCAGCUGCUCCGUCUGCCCCCACAGCUAACAGGGAAUCUGCCCCCUCAGCAUCCAGGAAUCAGGUUGCAGAGAGUGCACCUGCAAGGAACAGCUAUGGAAAAAUGGCUUCAAGGCACUACGGGGCCAAAACAGGCAGGAGGUUCAGGGGACACAGGAGACAGUUUGUGUCCUCAGCCAGGAGAGCCGAUCCGCAGCGCUGGGCAGCCUUGCUGGAAAAAACAAAGAGAAACUCAACACUCAUGGAAAACCGAGGAGAGGUUGCAACAAAGCCACCUCUUCAAGUCUACAAGUUCUCAAAAGUACCUGGGGAUGAGAAGGAAUCCUCUGGUGAUCUCCUGUCUCCAGAAGAAGAACUGAUGAUACCAGUAGCAGAGACAGUGGCUGUGUCUGCUCUGGGGGGUGUGGGGGCACCUGCAGGGCUUGGGCUGACACCUCCCCUCCCCUCUCCUUUCCCACAGCCUUCUUCAUCUGACAGCAAAAGGCCACAAAAACCUAUGAUGACAAAUUCAUUUGAAAGAUCUGAUUUAAGCCAAUCAUCCACAAAUGGUAUAAGCAUAUCAACAGCAUCAAACGGAGCAAGAGGAACAGCCACACUCUUCCCUGCUGGGCAAAAGUUGGUUUAUUCUAGGGAAAGUAAUAACCAACAUUUAAAAUCUGAAUCUAUGACUCCUGUGACAGCUGUUACUGACACCAGCAUACUCAUCACUUCCCAAAACUCAGUGAACAAGCUACAUCCUUUUACUGAGCCUAUUGGUAAGAUUUCUACCAAAACUGAUGAUCAGAUACCUGUGGUGACAGUCCAUGAACCAAGUCCUGAAUUUGGCCACAUUUAUUUUCAUGGUCCUCAGAAACAAGUAACUGCUAAGCCACCACUGGACUUGACUAUCAGUACUCAUCAGCAAAUUCAGGUUAUCCAGGAUGUUACAACUCCCACACCCAUGGCCCUGCAGCCUCAUGGAAGACGAAGGAAAAUUUCUGGUAGGAGACGAAUUGUUAGACCAGGAUGGAUUCCAAGUACAGAAGAACACAGAUACAAUUUUGGGAGAUUAGGAUCUGUCAGAGGAAGUACAGCUGUGCCUGCAAAUGUUCAAUGGAGUACAAAAUAUGUACUGAAUUUACCAGCCUUAAGUAAUUUAAGCAGCUCCAUGAACCCAUUUAGCACAGAAGCACCUCUGUCCUCACCCCCUACCAUGAAUAUGCUGCUGGAGCCCCCAGCAGAUCCUCAUCAAAACACAGUGUUCCUCAGGGAAGAGGAAACCAAACCCAGUGCAAGGCAAACAGCUACUACAACAGCCAUGCUUUUAAUUCCAAAAGGCACACAAGAUACUCCUCAAUGGAAAUUAGAGACCAGUGCUCGAGUCCAGACAGACACUGACAGAAUCCAGCCUUCUAGUAUCAGGCAACCAACAACAGCAACCCCCCCAGCUCACAUUCCAACAGAAAGUGCUCACACCAUAAGCACUAAGAUACUGUCUGCCCUCGAAUCAGCCCCACCCAGUGUCAAGCCUAGAACCUCAGCAAAGAACUUCCAAAGAGGAAAAACUGCUGGGGAACAUCUCUUUGGAAAUGGUGCACAUGAAGAGGAGCAGCUACCUCAGCAACAGACAACUGUAUUUCCAACAAGAGAGGUAUCAACCAUGCUACAGCAUGCAUUAACCGUGUCCAGAAUGUCUCCUUUGCACUUUAUGCCCAUUUCAACAGGUGGGGAGCACAGCAGUGGUUUCUUGUCCUUCACCAAGCCCAUUCCUUAUGCAAGUGGGAAGUCAGAACAUCUUCCCACUGCAGAACCACAGCUGUACCCUAACCCUGCAAGCAAAGAAAUGGACGUAACAAGUGUGGAGCCAACAGUUACACCUAUUAUCACUCCUCAAAGAGAGACCACCAUCACCAAAAUUAAAACAUUCAGAGUGGGAAGAAAGAGAGGUCAGAGGAGGAAGAGGCCCCCAAAAACCUCAGCACAAGACAACAGUGGAGGCCCUGGCACUGUGGUGAUUCCAUCACUGGACACAGCUGUCCCUGUUGUGACAGCAGCCACAUCACCACCUGGGCCUGAAAAGCCUCUCCUGGAGAGGGUAAGCGUGGUCUCAGUGACACAAAUGCCAGCACCCUGGGGCUGUGACACACCAGCAGCACCUCAGGACGUGCCUACAACAGCCACGCAGAUGUUGGUGACUGCUGUCCCAGGGAGGGACAUCCCAUCAGCCAGGCCACCACUCAAGGGCUAUGCUGCCCAGAGCCCCCCUGCCACCAUCCAAACCACACCACUGCACUCAGACCCUUCUGGUGACACCAGUGCAGGACCCACAACAGCUUGGACAGAACCUGCCCAGCAAACCAGAGCCCUCACCACAGCCAGUGGCAAACUGCACCCAAGGAUGGCAACGAGGGUUGGGCAGGGACCCCCCACCACAGAGCCCACCUCCCCAGCCAGGACCAGGGCUGCACCCACCCCUCCUGCCAGCACGCAGCAUCCCACCCCCCUGUCUGCCCCAGCUAGACCCCCGUGGGCUUCACAGGGGGACCCCCAUCCCCGGCAGCAGCUCCUGGCCCCCAGCACACCCACCACCCCCAGCCCCAGAGCCUGGGACUCCCCGAGCAGAAAUCCUCUUGCAAAGCCCAGGAUAAGGGGAGGGGGAUUUGCUGCUUUCACCGUGCUUGCUGACUCAGAUGCUUUUAUUCCGUGUGAGGCCACUGGUAACCCCCACCCAACAGUGCACUGGACCAAGAUCUCACCAGGGCAGGCUGCUGGGAGCUGGAUGGUGUUUGCCAACGGGACCCUCUCCAUCGCCCGGGCAGGGCUGCGGGACGGGGGGCAGUACCUGUGCACAGCCACCAACCCGCAGGGCACGGCGCGGCUCCUGGCCACCCUGUCGGUGGUGGCCUACCCGCCCCGCAUCGCCGGGGACAGCCGGCACCUCCUCAUCGCCCACUCCGGGAAGGCUCUAGCAGUGAAGUGCAGAGCCCAGGGCAGGCCUCCUCCCACCAUCUCCUGGGUUCUGGCCAACGCAACACGCGUCUCCGAGUCCUCUCCGGGAAACGGCAAGGUUCGCCUGGAGCCGGAUGGCACCCUUGUCAUCAAGGAGGUCACCAUUUAUGACAGGGGCCUCUACACGUGCAUGGCUACAAACCCCGCGGGCACCGACCGGCUGGUGGUGAGGCUGCAGGUCAUCGCCGCGCCUCCCGCCAUUCUGGAGGAGAAGAGACAACGUGUUGAGGGAAGAGCGGGGGAAGACCUGAGGCUGCCUUGCACCGUAGAAGGGAACCCUCAGCCCACUGUCCACUGGGUGCUCUUCGACGGCACGGUGGUGAAGCCUCUGCAGUUUGUAAAGGCAAAGCUGUUCCUGUUCUCCAACGGCACCCUCCACCUCAGCAACCUCAUCCCUUCUGACAGCGGCAACUACGAGUGCAUAGCCACGAGCUCAACGGGCUCAGAAAGGAGGGUGGUGAGCCUGGAGGUGGAACACAAAGAUACACUUCCAAAGAUAGCUACUGCCUCUCAAGAAAUGACUCAGCUGAAUUUUGGGGAUAAGUUGCUUCUGAACUGCACAGCAACUGGGGAGCCGAAGCCCAGGAUCAUCUGGAGGUUACCUUCCAAGGCAGUUGUUGACCAGUGGCACAGAAUGGGAAGUCGAAUCCACGUCUACCCCAAUGGAUCCCUGGUCAUCGAGGCAGCCACGGAGAAGGAUGCAGGCGACUACUUGUGUGUUGCAAGAAACAAAAUCGGAGAGGACCUGAUUCUGAUGAGAGUCAGCAUCACAAUGAAACCAGCCAAGAUUGAACAGAAACAGUAUUUUAAGAAACUGGUGCCAUACGGGAAAGAUUUCACAGUGGACUGCAAGGCUUCUGGGUCUCCCACCCCAGAAAUAUCCUGGGGUUUGCCAGACGGGACAGUGAUCAAUAACGCCAUGCUGGCAGAUGACAGCGGACACAGGUCUCGCAGGUAUGUCCUGUUUGGCAAUGGAACCCUGUAUCUCAACAAAGUUGGAGUCACAGAAGGAGGAGAUUACACCUGCUAUGCUCAAAACACACUGGGAAAGGAUGAAAUGAAGAUUCAUGUCACGGUCGUCACGGCAGCCCCGCAGAUAAAGCACAGUUCCAAGACAUCCAUUAAAGUCAAAGCUGGAGAUACAGCACUACUGGACUGUGAAGCUGCUGGAGAACCCAAGCCCAAAAUAUUCUGGCUGCUGCCUUCCAGUGACAUGAUCUCCUCGUCAACAGCCAGACACCUCCUGCAUAUCAAUGGCUCCCUGUCUGUCAGGCAAGCCAAGCUGCUUGAUGCCGGGGAAUACAUGUGUGUUGCUCGGAACCCUAGAGGGGAUGACACAAAAUUGUACAAACUGGAAGUUGUUGCAAAGCCGCCCAUCAUAAAUGGCCUGUACACCAACAAAACCAUCAUCAAAGUGACAGCAGUGAGGCACUCCAAGAAACACAUCGACUGCCGGGCAGAAGGGACACCUCCCCCACGGAUUAUGUGGAUCAUGCCUGAUAAUAUUUUCCUAACAGCUCCAUAUUAUGGGAGCAGGAUUGUGGUACACCAGAACGGGACCCUGGAGAUCCGGAACAUAAGGCCUUCUGACACAGCAGAUUUUAUCUGUGUGGCACGUAAUGAUGGGGGAGAGAGUAUGUUGGUGGUGCAGCUGGAGGUGUCAGAAAUGCUCAGGCGGCCGAUGUUUAAAAAUCCAUUCAAUGAAAAAAUAGUAGCAAAACCUGGGAAAACAAUCACACUGAAUUGUUCUGUGGAUGGAAACCCUCCACCUGACGUGAGCUGGAUGUUGCCCAAUGGCACCUGGUUCCCCAGUGGCAUCAGGGCUCCCCAGUUCCUGACGGGAAGCAGCGGGACCCUCACCAUUCACAGCCCCGACAGGGAGAGGGCAGGGAAGUACCGCUGUGCUGCCAGGAACAGCGUUGGCUACAUCGAAAAGCUGAUCAUCCUGGAGCUUGCCCAGAAGCCCAACAUUGUCACCCGCCCAGGAGGGGUGGUGAAGGGCAUGAGUGGGGAGCCCCUGUGGCUCCACUGCCUGUCAGAGGGGAGCCCCAGACCCAGCACAGCCUGGACCCUGCCGGGUGGCCACGUCCUGCAGCGGCCACAGGCCAGCGGGAGGUACCUGCUGCUGGAGAAUGGGACCCUGGUGAUACGAGAAGCCACCAUCCAUGACAGGGGGAAUUAUGUCUGUAAGGCCCACAACGAUGCUGGAGACUCCUCCGUGACUGUUCCUGUGCUCAUUGUAGCCUACCCCCCCCGGAUCACCACCAGACCACUCCAGACUGUGCGCACGGUGCCUGGGGCAGCGCUUCAGCUCCACUGCUUAGCACUGGGAAUACCAAAACCAGAAAUCACCUGGGAAUUACCUGACCACUCUGUACUCUCUACAAGCCACCACGGCCAAGCAACUAGGAGCGAGCUGCUUCUCCCUCAUGGGACUUUACUCAUCCAGAGUCCCCAACCCUCAGAUUCUGGGGCGUACAAGUGCACAGCAAGGAACCACCUUGGCAGUGACUUCACAGUAACAUACGUUCACAUCAUCUGAAAACAAAUAAUGGCAUGAAUGACUGUUAACAAAGUCUGCAGCUGGACUGAGUUCAUUCUUGGGAUAAGUUUAAUCA